AUGGCAGCAGCGGACCGAGAGUUCGAUAUUAGGUCGAGACACAGCACAGCAUCAGGCCCCGACGAAGAAACAUCGCUUAUCCAGUCCACCAGGAUGCUACAAGACCCUACAGGCAGACUUCUCUAUGUGGGCGACUCGGCGUCCUUGGCAUACCUACAGCUCAUUCGGAUGAUUGUCGAAGCAAGCGUUGGGCCCAGCGACUUCACGAUGGAUCCCAGCCGCCACAAAAUCAUGGAGGCCACUAUAGUGAUGCCGGCGAACGUACGCCCUCCACACAUCUUGCCUGAUAGGGACACGGCUAACGCCUUGGUUGAAUCGUUCUUUACAAACACUCACGGCCUGAUUGAAGUGUUCAACAGAGCAGCCUUUGAAAAGUCCGUCGAAGCUUGCUACUCGGAUCCUCUGGCAGCUCAAUCAUCUUUUCUCUGCUUGUUGUAUCUGACCUUUGCCCUUGGCACAGUCCUUGGCACGCCGCGUCCUGGUAGCAAGGAAGACGCCAUCUUCAAGAAGCUACGGGCAAGUGAAUACGAUCGCGCAGAGCUCUUCUUCCGAAGCGCAAAAGCCCUCGGUGAUCCGAUAACUGGUUUUGAGGAUGCGGACUUUUGGUCCGUGCAGGCCCUGUCGUUAAUGGCCGUCUAUAUGCUAGCAGUGUCGAAGCGUAAUGCGGCUUAUGCCUACUUUGGAAUGGCCGUCCGAUCCGGAUUUGCUCUUGGCCUGCAUAGGGUCCAAGAGAAUCAUUUCAUCUUCAAGAGCCACGAAAUCAGGCUUCGGCGGAAUCUCUGGAGGAGUCUGUUCGUCCUCGACCGUUUCCUCGCGGCUUCGCUCGGCCGCCCCGUAGCCAUUGAUGAGGAGGAAUGCUCUGCGGAUGCACUUUUGGUGUUCGAGAAGAACUCUCAAGGGGAGUUAGUCCGCGUCACGAACCCCAAUGAUGGAUUGGACGCCGCCGUACGUUCUUGUCGAAUCAUUGGACAGAUUCUGAAGAAGAUCUACGCCCGCCGACGAAUAUCAGUCCGCCUCGCCCAAGAGAUCUGGGAGCAAUGCAGCAGCUGGUAUUCUACCCUUAGCCCGGAUCUGGCUGGGAGACAAGUCGCUGCCGAUUCCAAUAAUCCGAUACAAAGCAUUGCAGCUCUCCACGUCAAUCUGCUCUACUGCCACUCCAUCAUGUUACUGACCCGGCCGUUCUUCAUAUGCCUGCUAAGCAAAGUGCACGGCGAGCGGAGUGGUCUUCAUUUGCCGGUCCCACGCUGGAUCAACCGCAUGUCAAAGUACUGCGAAGCAUGCCUGCACGCCUCAAACCAAACCGUCAUCCUCGUUCAAAAGGCGUUUGAGAGCAACUACCUUCCGCAACGCAACCCUUUCGUGCUUUACUUCCUUUUCGCCGCUUCUCUCAUCAUUCUGAGCAAUGAGUUCGCGGCGAUCUACCCCAACCCAAGCUAUGGGAUCUCGAUAUCCAACACGAUCGCCAUCAUGCGUUACUGCGCCGCCAGUGAUCCACAGGCCAACCGUCUACUCUUCAUCCUGACAUCAUUCCGCAAUGUCAUUUAUGAACUCCGGCAGAAGAAACCUGAGCAGCCGGCCAUGCCCGCUCCUCCAACCUUAUCUCCGACAUCGAUCCAGGACCCCAUCGGCACCAUUUUUCGACCUUCCGGGGUGUUGCGGAAGGACUCCCUCGUGGCAAACACCUCGGGCCCGUCACUGGCCGCCGUCAAGGCGAUGGCUCCGCCUCCGCUCUCCAUGAAAUCAGAACCCACCUUUUCCACGCCGACAGGUCCGUCGGCAGGUGUGUCGCCGGCGGGGAGCACUCCAGGCAUGUCUCAGGGCGAUCAGAGCACAAGGAUGGGCGGUGACUCGGACACGGCGGAUGGGGAACUCGAGUUCGAUCAGCUAUGGGGCUGGUCGACUGUUCCUAGCAUGACAAGCGGGGCCCUCGCAGCGGGAACGGCGGCCGCACCCGUCGGAGCCCCUCCGGGAUUGGCGACGGCGACAACAGCGUCGAAGGUGCCCGCAUUCCCAGCUCCCGGCCCAGGCCAACCAUUUCGGGGCUUCCCAAACUAUAUUGUGCCCGGCGGUCCCAACGGAGGCGGAGUGCCGACGGUUGGACCUCCAGGAUAUGUGGCUCCUCCCAACGUGCCAAUGUAUGUUCCAGCAGAGUAUUCAUAG